AUGAAUAAGCAAGUGUGUGAAAAGUUUAGGAGUAUAUGGGAGUUUUUCCCCGAUACAUUGGAUAAAGGAGAAUAUAAAUUUAAUGAUCAAAAUUUUUUAAAUAGUUAUUGUGAUCGUAAUAAGUGUGAUACUGAUUUCGAAAGAAUUGAUAGUGGAUGUUUAUAUCUUUUUAAGCAAAUAUUUGGGACUUCUCAAUUGUUUAAGUCUGUUGCAAAUAGUAACAUCAAUAUUGUUGAUUACAUUUUGAUAUGGUUAAGUUAUAUGUUAAAUCUAAAGGAAGAUGGAAAAAAUGUGAAUAAUUUACAAUUUUUUUAUAAUACAACUAUAGAUAAUGAUAAGUAUAAAAAUUCUAUAACGGGCGUUGAAAAUUAUUAUAAAAAUUAUAAGGAUCUUAUAGAUAAAAAAACAUAUUUUUUUGGUAUGGAUAGAAAUAUUAUAUUUAAUUUUUAUGAAGCAUUUAAAUUAUUAUGUGAAAUGCAUGCUGAAUUUGAUGAUAAAUCACAAUAUUGCGAAAACUGUUCGAAAAAUGCCCAAAAGUUUGCUAAAAAAUAUGAAGAAAUGAAUGAAAAUUCUGUUAUUAUUAGUAAUAAUUCCUAUAAACAACUAUUGUCUACUUUAUCAAAAGAUUAUGAUAAUUUUAAGAAUAAAUAUAAUAAUAGUAAACAUUCCAAAUCUUCACCUCUUCCAACGAUAGAAAAAACAGAAAUUUCUGCACAACAAAUUCUACAAGGUUCUGAAGAUACAUCAUCAAGCUCAUCGGUAACAAACAGAUUAUUUACAGUUUUAUCGAUAUUUGGCGCAAUAGCAUUUCUUUUAGGAAUUUCUUAUAAGUAUUCGUUAUUUGGAUUUCGGAAAAGAUUUAAAAAACAACAAAUAAGAGAAAAAAUAAAAAAUAUAAAGAAGAGAAUAAAUCAAUAA